AUGUUAACAGGCAAUGGUACUAUCGGACCGUAUGUUAGACGCAAGCGUCCUGUGAUCUCAUGCAGAGAAUGUCACCGGCGUAAACAAAAGUGCGAUCGUCGUCAGCCAUGUGCAAAUUGUAUCAGGCGGGGCAAGAGAGAUGCCUGUUACUACGAGCUGGAAGAUAACGAUACGCGGUCUACUGUCCCUCCUGAAAACCAGUCAAUCGAAAGUGUCUCGGAAAGCUGCUGGAAGACCGUGUUGGCGACUUCUAACAACGCUGGAGAUGAGUUCGCUCGACGGGGCUACGCCAAAAACACAAAGGGAACUCCAGGAAUUAUCCACGCCCUGGGAGAAUCCGCAAGCCUCCUGGAUAACUCGCAUCCCCGAAACGGCUUUUCCCCAGGUCAAUACAUAUACAUCAUACGAGAACUUCCAUCUUAG